GGAGUCAGCCCGGCCCGGCUCAGAGGGGGGGUUGGUUACGGGGGUAGUCGGCUCCUAGAUCCGCUCGGCUGUCGGACAGGCCUUUAGCCAAAGGGACCCGGACUGAAAACGGCCUGUUUUUGGACUGUUUUCCUCGCAGUUGCUGUUAUCGUGGACAGAUUCCAGAGCCGUCAGCAUGGGGGCGUACGAGGAGAAGAAGGAAACAUGUGGAACUAUCUGCCUCAAAUACCUCCUGUUCACUUUCAACUUUCUCUUUUGGUUGGCCGGGGGCGUCGUGAUGGCGGUGGGUGUUUGGACCUUGGUUGAGAAGAGCGACUACAUCAGCCUUCUCUCCUCCAAGACGUACGCUGCCUCCGCCUACAUACUAGUCCUGGCUGGAGCCAUCGUCAUGGUAACAGGCGUGCUGGGCUGCUGCGCCACCUUCAAGGAGCAGAGGAGGCUACUGCGAGUGUACUUUGUCCUGCUGCUCUGCAUCUUCCUGUUGGAGAUCCUGGCCGGUGUCUUGGCUUAUAUCUACUACCAGCAGUUGAAUGAAGAGCUGAAGCAGAACUUGAGGGAGACGAUGACCCAGAAGUAUCGGCAGAGUUCAUUUGAACACAUCACCAGAGCUGUGGACAAACUGCAGCAGGAGUUCAAGUGCUGUGGGAGCAACAGUUCAUCCGACUGGGCCGAGAGCGUCUGGAUUCGCUCCAGAGAUGGGGAGGGGAGGGAGGUCCCAGACAGCUGCUGUAAGACCCCCACCGACCGGUGUGGCACCAGGAGCCACCCCUCCAACAUCUACAAGGUUGAGGGUGGCUGUAUCACUAAACUGGAGAACUUCAUACUGGACCAUCUGAAAAUCAUUGGAGCAGUGGGUGUUGGGAUUGCAUGUGUACAGGUCAUAGGCAUGGUGUUUACAUGCUGCCUGUAUCGAAGUCUAAAGGCAGAGCCGUACUAAGAUGUAAAAUAAGAAGAGUGUGGGUGAAGGAGGUAACUUCAUCUUCAUCACAUGUCAUACUCAAAUAGCCCAUAGGUUCUUUUCUUUGUCUUGCACAUGGGGGAGGCAUAGUUGGCAAGGGAUCAAAUGUACCAUCUGAGGAUCUCAUUUUGGUAAACAAAGGGUGGAAAAACACUGCGAGGGUUCUCAAAGUAAUUAGGCAUUCAAAUUGCAGUCUCGGUGACAUCUUUAAGAUCACAGCUCUGUGAGGAAAAAGCCUCUGAGAGACAAAACUGAUGGGAAUUGUGUAAAUGAGUGCAGGACAGCCUCUGUGGGACUUGUAGUUUUAUUCUACUCUGGUAUGCCUUGAUGUACAUUGAUGUUCUCCAACCAGGUGCUACACCUGAGAUUGGCGUAAAGAUCAGUGGACUAAAACAGGCACUUUGCAGAAAGUGGAUGCUGCGUCUUUCCUGAUUUUUCAGCAGAUUGGUUUAUUAAGGCCACCUCUGGGCCUCCUUCACCUGCAGCAGCUUUUCCUCUCCAUGUUACCCAGCCAGUCAUGCAUUUUAAAUAUGUUUGUGUAAUAGUGGCCUUGCAACUACAGAACUGUUAGUUUUAUAUUUUAUAAAUGAUUUUUUUUUCUGUAUUUCUUUGAGGUGCUUUCUUAUUAGCUUUUGCCCUAAUUACCUAAUGCGCCAUUAUGGCAGCAUAUCAGUGCUUGAUCAUGUUCAUACCACAUCU